GAGAGCGGGAGCGGCGGCCGGGCCAUGGAGCGGGGCGGGCCCCCCGCCGGCCCCGAGCGGGCCCCCGGCGGGGCGGCGCUGCGCGGGCACCCGGCCGGCGCCUGCGGGCCCUGGGAGAUGCGCGACCGCCUGGGCACCGGCGGCUUCGGCAACGUGUGCCUGUACCAGCACCAGGACUCGGGCGACCGCGUGGCCAUCAAGUCGUGCCGGCUGGAGCUCAGCGUCAAGAACAAGGACCGCUGGUGCCAUGAGAUCGACAUCAUGAAGAAGUUGAACCAUCCCAACGUAGUGAAAGCCUGUGAAGUUCCCGAGGAGAUGAACUUUCUGGUUAACGACGUUCCCCUCCUGGCCAUGGAAUAUUGCUCGGGGGGAGACCUCCGGAAGCUGCUAAACAAACCAGAAAACUGCUGUGGACUUAAGGAAAGUCAAAUCCUUUCUCUGCUUAGUGACAUUGGGUCUGGUAUCCAGUAUUUGCAUGAGAACAGAAUUAUACACAGAGAUUUAAAGCCUGAAAAUAUUGUUCUUCAGGAUGAAGGUGGGAAGAUUGUCCACAAAAUAAUAGACCUGGGAUAUGCAAAGGAUCUGGAUCAAGGAAGUUUAUGCACUUCGUUUGUUGGAACAUUACAAUAUUUGGCUCCAGAACUGUUUGAGAAUAAAUCCUACUCGGUUACUGUUGAUUACUGGAGCUUUGGGACGAUGGUGUUUGAAUGCAUUGCAGGAUUUAGACCUUUCUUACAUAAUCUACAGCCAUUCACCUGGCAUGAAAAAAUCAAGAAGAAGGACCCGAAGCACAUCUUUGCCUCCGAGGAGAUGAACGGGGAGGUUCGGUUCAGCACCCACCUGCCGCAGCCCCACAGCCUCUGUGGUUUGAUUGUAGAACCCAUGGAAAAUUGGUUGCAACUGAUGCUGAACUGGGAUCCACAGCAGAGGGGUGGAGGUUCAGAUCCCGAGACCGGUCGUCCAAGGUGUUUCCUAAUAAUGGAUCACAUCCUGAAUCUGAAGAUAGUGCACAUCCUCAACAUGACCUCUGCCAAGAUCGUGUCCUUUCUUUUGCAUCCCGAGGAAAGCCUUCAUUCCCUUCAGAAUCGGAUUGAGUUUGAGACUGGGAUAAGCACUGGAAAUCAGGAACUGCUGUUGGAAACAGGGAUUUGCCUGGACCCUCGGAAACCUGCUUCCCAGUGUGUUAUUGAUGGUGUGAGAGGCUGGGACAGCUACAUGGUCUAUUUGUUUGACAAAAGCAAAACUGUCUACGAUGGCCCCUUCGCUUCUCGGAGCCUGUCUGACUGUGUGAACUACAUUGUCCAGGACAGUAAGAUCCAGCUGCCGAUCCCUCAGCUGCGCAAGGUGUGGGCAGAAGCGGUUCACUACGUGAUUGGCCUGAAGGAGGAUUACAGCAGGCUCUUCCAGGGCCAGAGAGCUGCCAUGCUCAGCCUCCUCCGGUACAACGCCAACCUGAUCAAAAUGAAGAACAACAUGGUCUCAGCAUCCCAGCAGCUGAAAGCAAAGCUGGAAUUCUUUCACCAGAGCAUUCGCCUCGACCUGGAGAGAUACAGUGACCAGAUGGCCUAUGGAAUAUCUUCAGAGAAGAUGCUCAAAGCCUGGAAGGAAAUGGAAGAGAAAGCCUCUCAGUGUGCACAGGCUGAAGAUAUUGGGUAUCUGGAUGAGCAGAUCAUGGCUCUGCACACAGAAAUCGUGGAGCUCCAGAAGAGUCCGUAUGCCAGGCGCCAGGGAGAGGUCAUGGAGAGCCUGGAACAGAGAGCCAUAGACUUGUACAAGCAAUUAAAAACAAGACCUCCAGAUCAUGCCUACAGUGACAGCACAGACAUGGUGAAGAUCAUUGUGCAGACAGUCCAGAGCCAAGACCGAGUCCUCAAGGAACUCUUUGGCCAUCUCAGCAAGCUCUUGGGCUGUAAGCAGAAGAUCAUUGACUUGCUUCCCGAGAUUGAAGUGGCUCUAAAUAACAUCAAGGAAGCUGACAACUCAGUGAUGCAGAUGCAGGGAAAAAGACAAAGGGAGAUAUGGCAUUUGCUGAAAAUUGCUUGUACUCAGAGCUCCUCCCGGUCCCUGGUCAGCUCCAGCCUGGAAGGGCCGGCCUCGACUCCCGCAGCCGCAUGGCUCCCACAGGGCUCCUCAGGGAACGCCCCUCCCCACCCUCUGUCCUCGCUGGCAGCUCCUCAGGAAGGGGAAAAUUUUGCUGAUGUGAUACAGGAGAAUGUGAAUUACCUGGAACUCUUCAGCAGCAUCCUGCAGGAGGUGAGGCAGGAGCAGAACAGCAUGAUGAGUUUUGACUGGAGCUGGCUGAAGUAGCCACAGGAGCCGAGGUGCUGCAUCUCCCAAGUGCCUUCUGUGUGGGCCCCGGGCCGUCGGUCACCGUGUGUCCUGUAGCCUUUGCCGAGCUGCUUCCGGAGGUGCCGACACCUCCUGGGCGGGGAUUUCACCUCAGUGCCUCACCCACCGGCCGUGCCUGCGGGGGAGCGGCGAGGGCCCGGCCCGCGGAGCGCCCUCUGGGCGGGGGACGCGGUCGGGUGCCGCCGCUGCCGCGUGUCGCAUGAAUGUAUAGCGCGUGUAUAUGUAAUAAACCGUGCGGACAGACGGACAGACAG